AUGUUUACCUCUGCGCUGAAGUCGUUCAACUCGAACAUCUCCAGUAACUACCAAAUCUCACCCAGCCCGACCGUGUACUCAGGCCCCUGGAAGAUCCACGACGCAAAGAAGAAGUCAACCGGAACUGCGGCGUCAGUAUUCAUAUUUGAUCGCAAGUCCCUGGAGACUCGCUCUGGGGGAUUUGGGAGAAGCUCGGGGUCAUCCAACAAGAAGCUGCAGGAGGAUGUGAUUGAACGUCUUAAGCGCGAAGCGAGCAACCUCGCUCGGUUGCGGCACCCAUCUAUUCUCCAAGUCCUGGAGCCCGUUGAAGAAACUCGGAGUGGGGGUCUCAUGUUCGCAACGGAGCACCUCACUGCGUCACUCUCGGGCCUCCUGUUGGAGAAGGACGACCAGGAUAACACUACACGUGCUGGUUCGCGAGCAGGCCGGUACAUGGUCGAAGAAGCCGACGGGACUAGAAGGAGAAGAGACGUCGAGAUUGAUGAGCUAGAGAUCCAGAAGGGACUCUUGCAAGUUGCCAAGGGUCUCGAAUUCUUGCACGAAUCUGCCGGCUUGGUCCAUGGAAACUUGAACCCGGAGGCCAUCUAUAUCAAUGCCAAAUCAGAUUGGAAAAUAUCUGGUCUGGGAUUUGCUGGACCUCCGGACUCUUCGGAGACUAAAUCCUCGCUUCCACCAUUGGCUGUGUCGGAGGUUCUUUAUCAGGAUCCCAGAGUUCCGGCUUCGGUACAACUGGAUCUGGACUACACAUCGCCUGACUUUGCCAUGGACUCGAAUGUGUCUUCGGCCGCUGAUUUGUUUUCCUUGGGGCUCAUCAUUAUCUCGCUAUACAACUCACCACAUACUUCACCCCUACAGACACACGCGAAUUUGACCACAUACAAGAAACUGCUCAGUUCGCCAUCUUCCACUCCGUCCCAAGCGAACAAUUUCCUCUGCUCGAAACCUAUCCCCAAGGAUGUUCUCUCUCAUGUCUUGCCUCGGCUCAUCACCCGGAGACCUGCGCAACGAAUGAAUGCCCGCGAGUUUCAGCAAUCCCAAUAUUUCGACAAUGUGCUAGUCUCUACCAUCCGAUUCUUAGAAUCUUUACCUGCGAAAACGCCGAGUGAGAAGUCUCAAUUCCUUCGCGGCCUGCAGCGCGUAUUGCCUGAAUUCCCAGUCUCUGUCCUAGAGAGAAAAUUAUUAGGAGCAUUGUUGGAUGAAGGGAAAGAUCGAGAGUUACUUCCCCUGAUUCUUCAAAAUGUUUUCGGGAUUUUGCAACGCAUUCCCAAUGGGCGCCGCGUGUUCCCCGAGAAAAUCAUUCCCCGUCUGAAGGAAGUCUUCGGAACGGGUUCUAGCAAAGCGCCAGCCGAGAGAGAUUCUAAGAAAGACGCUGGUCUCAUGGUUGUGCUUGAGAAUAUGAAGCUUAUUGCCAGGAACUGUUCAGGGAUGGAAUUCAAAGAUGAUAUUCUGCCCCUCAUUCGGCUUGGGCUUGAUUCACCACAACACUCUCUGGUAGAUACCUCCAUCAAGUGCCUCCCGGCGGUGCUCCCUGUUCUUGAUUUCAGUUCUGUCAAGAAUGAGGUGUUCCCUCCCAUUGCUGCUACUUUCAGUCGCACUAGCAGUCUUGCCAUCAAGGUCCGCAGUCUGGAAGCAUUCAGUGUGCUGUGCGGAGCCUCCGCGGACGGUUCUGAUGGGCUUGAUGAUGAUCUAUCCGGGGUCGUCGCGAACAAGGCUACUUCUUCGAAAUCAUCAAUCCUGGACAAGUACACCAUCCAGGAAAAGCUUGUCCCAUCUCUGAAGGCGAUCAAGACCAAGGAGCCGUCGGUGAUGAUGGCUGCACUCAAGGUGUUCCGUCAGGUGGGGCUUGUUGCUGAUACCGAAUUUCUGGCGUUGGAAGUUCUACCUGUCCUUUGGAGCUUUAGUCUCGGGCCACUGUUGAGCCUGAGUCAAUUUAAUGAAUUUAUGGCCUUGAUCAAGACUCUUUCCACUCGAAUUGAGCAGGAGCAGAGCAAAAAGCUCCAAGAGCUUUCCUCCGGCACCGGGGCAACUGGUUUCCAGAACGGGGCCAAUGAGUUAUCCCAAUCCGCCGCCGGCCUCAGCUCGCCGGAUGCAGAUGCCGCCGGUAGCUUUGAGCGUCUUGUCCUUGGGAAGAAACCCUCGGCUGCCAAUGGCGAGGCUAUCGAUAUGUGGGGUGGAAUGGAGUCCGCUCCAGCCAAAGCUGCCCCUCCUAGCGCAGCACCUUCUUUCUCGUGGUCUUCAAACCCCGCAGGCAUGACGAGCCAAGCCAGCGCUUUGAGCUCCCAAUCAAACUUUGGUUUCCGCUCCAUUACUCCUGAUCAGAAAUUGAGCUCUUUCCCUUCACUUGCACCGGCCGCACCGGCCCGGCAGACCUCUCCUGUUACUUCGCCAGCUGCCCAACCUUUCCCUUCCAUGCAAGCGCAGUCCUCUUCUUCCAUCUGGGGAGCUCCAGCCAACUCAGGUGCACGACCCCAGAUGGGCGCAUCUAGUCCCUCUUUGACAUCAAUGUCGACCAUGACACCCUCAAACUACAUGUCUGGAACCACGGCAGCGGCCCCCAACUACUCGUCCUUCUCAAUUCCUCCUCCUCCAGCUGGCAACAUGGGCCCUAGCAACACCGUGCGAUCCCCAUUGAGCCCUGCUAUGAGGUCUACCUCUUUCCCCUCCCCUCCACCCCAGCCAGCAGUGAGUCAAAAGCAGGGACUGGAUAAAUACGAAAGCUUGAUCUAG